GAUCAUCAUCAGAGCGCUGGCUUCUUCGUGAACAAGCCCGUCUUCGGGUUCAAUCUCAGCCCCAGAUUGAACCCCAUGAACUCCGGCAGUAGCGCCGCCGCAUCUCCGCCGAGCGAAGUUGACUUCUUCUCGGAGAAGAAACCUCCGGCGCCGCCGGCUGAUCUCGUCGUCAAGAACGAGGUCAACUCCCUCGGCUUUCCUCCCACCAAAGCAGAUUUGACUGUAAAUACUGGUUUGCAAUUGGUGAUUGCUAACACUGGAAGUGACCGAUCUACCCUUGACCAAAGCGCGUCGGGCUGUAUAGAAGAGAAACGAGCCAAAAAUGAUAUCUCAGGGUUACAAGCUGAGCUAGAGAGAAUGAAUGCAGAGAAUCAGAGGUUGAGAGGGAUGUUGUCUCAAGUGUCAAACAACUACACCUCCUUACAGUUGCAUCUUGCCACUCUAAUCCAACAACAACAACAACAACAACGGGACCACGCGGUUGAUCGGAAACCCGAGAGAGAAGAAACCGUCACGGUCCCGAUGAGACAAUUCUUGGAGUUGGGUCCCGCGGACCAGACCGAAGAAGCGGCGUCUCGUUCCCGUACUUCGUCGGGAGAGAGAACGCUCUCUGCCGGUUCGUCCAGGAACAAGCAGACCGAACCGUCGCCGAGGCAACAUAGUAAUAGUAAUAAAUUGGGUGUGAGGGAGGAAAGCCCGGAUUCAGAGAGCUGGGUUAACCGGAGUAAACAUCCGAGGCUGAGUUCUUCUUCUUCCUGUUCAAGGCCCGUCGAACAAGCGGCCGAGGCUACCAUGAGGAAGGCCCGCGUCUCCGUUCGUGCCCGAUCUGAAGCUCCCAUGAUUAGUGAUGGAUGCCAAUGGCGAAAGUAUGGGCAAAAAAUGGCGAAAGGAAACCCGUGUCCGCGCGCUUAUUAUCGUUGCACCAUGGCCAUGGGGUGCCUCGUUCGCAAACAGGUGCAAAGGUGUGCAGAGGACAGAACGAUUUUGAUCACGACUUACGAGGGGACCCACAACCACCCGCUGCCACCGGCGGCCAUGGCGAUGGCGUCGACCACCUCGGCCGCCGCGAGCAUGCUCCUGUCGGGCUCGAUGCCGAGCUCCGACGGGGCGAUGAUGAACCCUAAUUUCCUAGCAAGGGCAAUCCUCCCAUGCACAUCCAGCAGCAUGGCAACAAUUUCAGCCUCAGCCCCUUUCCCAACUGUCACACUUGACCUCACCCAAAACCCCAACACUUUGCCUAAUUACCCUAGACCCCCUUUCGCCGGAGUCCCUCAUAUUCCCCAAAAUUACCCCCCACUCCCCCAAGUUUUUGGCCAAGGCUUGUACAACCAAUCAAAGCUCUCAGGCCUGCAUGUGUCUCAUCAAAACAAUUUCAUCCACCCAACAACUCAGCAGAAUUUGCGCAUGCAAACGCAACCCUCUUCGUUGGGCGACACCGUGAACGCCGCCACGGCGGCGAUCACCGCCGAUCCCAACUUCACCGCCGCCCUGGCGGCCGCCAUCUCCUCCAUCAUGAAUGGUUCUCAUCAACCCAACAAUGCUAGCAAUAAUAAUAAUCCUACCAGCAGCAGCAAUAACAACAACAGUAACAGUUUUUCCGGGAAAUAUUAGUUAUAAUCUCAUAUACUUGUAGUAUAUAUAAACAUUUACACGUUUUAUUUUCUUAAAAAUUCUGUCAUUAUAUUUCUGGGGAUCAAGAGGGAUUUAGCUGCAUCUCCCAACGGCAUAGAUUAUAUUUCAUUGUUGGGCCCCGACCCGAAUACCCCGCGAUUGUGACGCCAUCAUCGACGGCUCUCGCCGAUAACCGCUCAACAAAUCUGACGGCCAAUUUUUCUCCGUUUUCGCGCAUACAAAUAUAUACUCUCGUAUUAGCUUUCAUCUUUUCUUCGUUUAAUCGUUCUUCUCUUCUCCGAUUCCUUGAGGUGAAGAUGGGA